AUGAGACAUCUUAUUGCAAAUGCUUAUGAUUGGGUGUGUAUUGAUUUGACACGAUAUAGUUUCUCGGAAGCAUUUUUUCUACUUCGGAGUAUGCCACCUCAAAAUCCAUUUGGACGUAUCAUGUGUAUUGGAUGGCUUUCAAAAACACAAUAUUUUGUUCAAGUUUAUUUAAAAUCGGGGUGUCCUAUACCAAAGACAUCACCGGAGUGGAUGCCACAUUUCACAAAAGAGACUGAAACUUGGUCAUAUCACUUUCUGGAAAGAAUGGAAGAGUCUAACAAGUUAAGUUACAUUGAAAGAGAAUCAAAUAAGGAAAUAUCAGAGAAGGAAUCACCAAUAAAUAUAGAUUUAGGUGAAAUUGGCCAAGCAUAUAUACUAGUCUAUAUGAACAAUACUAAGGGGAGUGAUCCCGAAUAUGUAUCUCCGGACACGCUCCAUUUUAAUGGUAAAAACAGCUACACAAUAUACUUUACAAACGUGCAUCUCCGUAAACACCCUUAUUUGUAA